GCCGUGCUCCUCGCUCGCCCUCCGACUCCGCUCCCGCUGCGAGCGGCUGCCCUGCCCGCGCCCAGCGCCAACCCGCCGGGGUCCCCGCGCCGGACCCAGCAGCUCGGCUACCCGGGGCCGGACCGAGGCCGCAAGAAGCGCCGCGGGGUGUGGGGCGGACCCAGGAGAUGAAAUGACAACGUCAACCCUCCAGAAAGCCAUUGACCUGGUGACAAAAGCCACAGAAGAGGAUAAAGCCAAGAAUUACGAGGAGGCACUCCGGCUCUACCAGCAUGCCGUGGAGUAUUUCCUACACGCUAUCAAAUAUGAGGCACACAGCGACAAGGCCAAGGAGAGCAUUCGAGCCAAGUGCAUGCAGUACCUAGACCGAGCGGAGAAGCUGAAGGAUUAUUUACGAAACAAAGAGAAGCAUGGCAAGAAGCCAGUCAAAGAAAAUCAGAGUGAGAGCAAGGGCAGCGAUAGUGACAGUGAAGGGGAUAAUCCAGAGAAAAAGAAACUGCAGGAACAACUGAUGGGUGCUGUUGUGAUGGAGAAGCCCAACAUUCGGUGGAAUGAUGUGGCCGGGCUCGAGGGGGCCAAGGAGGCCCUCAAAGAAGCUGUCAUUUUGCCAAUUAAAUUCCCACAUUUGUUCACAGGCAAGCGUACGCCUUGGCGAGGGAUACUGCUCUUUGGACCCCCUGGCACAGGCAAAUCCUACCUGGCCAAAGCGGUAGCGACAGAGGCCAACAACUCCACCUUCUUCUCUGUGUCCUCCUCAGACUUGAUGUCUAAGUGGUUGGGGGAGAGUGAGAAGCUAGUCAAGAACCUGUUUGAGCUGGCCAGGCAGCACAAGCCUUCCAUCAUCUUCAUCGAUGAGGUGGAUUCCCUCUGCGGGUCCCGCAAUGAAAAUGAGAGCGAAGCUGCUCGAAGGAUCAAAACGGAGUUCUUGGUCCAGAUGCAGGGGGUGGGGAAUAACAACGAUGGGACCCUGGUUCUCGGUGCCACAAACAUCCCGUGGGUGUUGGAUUCAGCCAUUAGAAGGAGGUUUGAAAAGCGGAUUUACAUCCCGCUGCCCGAGGAGGCUGCCCGUGCCCAGAUGUUCCGGUUGCAUCUGGGGAGCACCCCCCACAACCUCACUGAUGCCAACAUCCAUGAGCUGGCCCGGAAGACGGAAGGCUACUCAGGCGCUGACAUCAGCAUCAUUGUGCGGGACUCCCUCAUGCAACCUGUUCGAAAAGUACAGUCGGCAACACACUUCAAAAAGGUCUGUGGCCCUUCCCGCACCAACCCUAGUGUUAUGAUCGAUGACCUCCUGACCCCAUGUUCCCCAGGGGACCCAGAGGCCAUGGAGAUGACUUGGAUGGAUGUCCCUGGUGACAAACUCUUAGAGCCUGUAGUUUGCAUGUCGGACAUGCUCCGGUCUCUGGCUACCACUCGGCCCACCGUGAAUGCAGAGGACCUCCUGAAAGUGAAGAAAUUCUCAGAGGACUUUGGACAGGAGAGUUAAAAAUUUCUUCACUCGGUGAUGGUGAAGGUGGGAGGAAUUGAUUGGGGUAAAAAAAAUCCACGGCACCCCCCCAUGUCAGCAGCCAGACAGGGCCCCGGGGCUCAUCUUCACGUCACUCUGGCGUCCCCUCUGCUGUCUGGCCACCAGCCGGGGAGUGGGAAGGAAGGGCCUCCGGGGCCGCAGAGACACAGAAGCACAUUCGGCACUGGGUGGAAUACUGGUUCUUCCUACUUCUUCCUACUGGUUCUCCUCCUCUUCUGGAUGCUCAUCAACUCCUUGUCCUGCCCCUCCACGUUUUGUUUUGUUUUUUUGAACCUUUCUUUGUUCCCCUAAAUUAAUGCUGCUUGGAUUUUUGUCUUCUUUAUAAAUAAAGUUAAAAUCUCCCAGAAGCGUCAAGGAGUAGGAGCAGCCCACACCGUGGGGUUGGUGCAGACCGUCAGAAUGGCUUGCCAGCUCCCUCCGCCCUUUCCUUCUAACCCAAGUUUUACUCCUUAUGCACACAAUGGCGAAUGCCCUGGGUCGCCAGCCCGAGCCCUGCCUGUAAAGGCUGAGAGUAAAGCCAAGCCAUUCCCAACCCCUACGUCAGCAUCCCCGGCCCUGUGUCCUCCCUGCAGGAGGAGAGGAUGGUUUUUGUGAGCACAAAGCUAUGUAGAUCAGAAUGAGUGAGGGCAGUCAGGUAGGGUUUCACUGCUGCCUUCUCUUCCCUCUGAAUGUGAGAACGCUGAACCCAGCCACUGCCCCUGGCACCCCGCCCUGGAAAUGGGCUAAUAAAUCCUUUUCCCUCUUGA